GUGCAUAAACAAACGUGUCCAGUUGAACUUGUUCUUGUAUCCACGUGACAACGUUUUUGAGCAGACAACGCAAACAACGCAAACGCACAGCAACUUUGUGAAAUGGUGCUCGCAUUUGUUAUUCUUUCUACCCCAGUUCGAACAAGUGGCGUGAUUUUUUCAUCAUUUUAUGGCUUCACAAAGAAAAAGUCAGAUUGCAGCCGAUCUAAUGAACUCACAGACUCUGACGAGUUAAAUACCUCUCGUGGUCCGAGCGAACUCCACGAAGACCACAAAACCACAUCAGACUUUCUGAAGCGAAUUCACCAAUACGUAAUGGAGGAAGUUUUGUCUCAACUGAAUACAGGUCUCUCACCAAGGCCGACGACAGACCACGGCACUGUGUUCGUAGAGAGGACCGGAAUAUUUCCACUAAAUGACAUUGACGUUCCUGGGGGCGUUGUUCUUUGGCACGCUGUGAAUGACACUUGUUUUGUAAUGGUUUGUAAGGGAAAAGAAAAUAUUACACUUGCCCAGCAAGUGCAUAGGUACAUCGUUCACAGUAUAUGCUCCCACAUUCCAACAGUGCUGCCAUUUGAGUUGAUGUCAAAAGUAGGACUUCUCCACGCUAUUUUAAACCAACAUAUACCAAAUGGAAGGUUGAUGUGCAUUAAUCAUUCUGUCGCGAAACAACACGAACAACUUUUGCAAAAAUUUCCAAGUUGAAAAAUUAAGACCAUGUGCAUCUCUCAAUGUUCUUUUAAUGCUAAAGUUGUAUAAAAUAAAAUAUGUGGAAAAGCA